AUGUUCAAAGCCAGCCUGAGGAAUAGAGGUGAUCAUAGCAGCAUAAUCGUGGUAAUGCUAAACCACACAGAGUGGUCACCAUCUACCCUGAUUCUUAAUGGGAUCCCAGGGCUGGAGGACAGGCAGAUCUGGAUUUCCCUCCCGUUCUGCUCUAUGUAUGUUAUGGCCAUGGCUGGGAACUGUGGACUGCUCUACCUCAUCUAUCACGAAGCCUCACUGCACAGGCCCAUGUAUUACUUCUUGGCUAUGCUUUCUUUAACUGACCUUGUCAUGUGCUCUAGCACAGUCCCCAAGGUGCUCUGCAUCUUCUGGUUUCAUCUCAAGGAAAUCGGAUUUGAUGACUGUUUGGUGCAGAUGUUCUUCAUCCACAGCUUCACAGGGAUGGAGUCUGGGGUGCUCAUGCUCAUGGCCCUGGACCGCUAUGUGGCCAUCUGCUACCCUCUGCGCUACUCAACCAUUCUCACCAGUCCUGUCAUUAUAAGGUCUGGGCUUGUCACCUUCCUAAGAGGAGUGCUGCUUAUUAUUCCUUUCACUUUCCUCACCAAGCGCCUGCCCUACUGCAGAGGUAAUAUCAUCCCCCACACCUACUGUGACCACAUGGCUGUGGCCAAGCUGUCCUGUGGCAAUAUCAAGGUCAAUGCCAUCUAUGGGCUGAUGGUUGCCCUCCUUAUUGGAGGUUUCGACAUCCUGUGCAUCACUGUCUCCUACACCAUGAUACUGAGGGCAGUAGUCAGCCUCUCCUCAGCAGAUGCUCGGCAGAAGGCCUUCAGCACCUGCACUGCCCACAUCUGUGCCAUUGUUUUCUCUUACAGUCCAGCCUUUUUCUCAUUUUUUUCCCACCGCUUUGGCCACCACACAAUUCCUCCAUCUUGCCACAUCAUUGUGGCCAAUAUUUAUGUGCUCCUGCCUCCCACCAUGAACCCUAUUGUCUAUGGAGUGAAAACAAAGCAGAUACGAGACUGUGUUGUCAGGAUCUUUUCAGGGAGGCGCGUUAGUCGGCUGAGCUGUCUCGCCGGCACUCAAUAUUCUUUAGACUCGUUCUGCAGAGGUUUACCUAUAAGUUAA